AUUUCGUCACCUACGUACGUUGACCUUCUUCCUGCAUUCCUUGUUCUCCCUCCCUCACCUUCUCCCCCUCUCCGUCUCUCUGUAGCUUGCUGAGGAGGAAGAAAGAGUAAGAGGGCAGCCGAUUCCCUUCUCUCUCUCUCUCUCUCUUUCUACGUCCCGUAAUCUCCAUUGGGUUUCAUCCAUUUUGGCCUACCGUCGGCAUUCCUAAGCUUGGCCCGGAAAGAAGGCCGACAUCGACCAGGAUGGCCCGGGCACUGUCCCCGAUUCAGGCCACCGUCUUCCUCCUCCUCUGUUAUUCGUCCGCCGUCCAAUUCGGCCUCUCCACGAACGGCCUCCUCGCUCCGCCCCAUAAUGGCGCCCGCCCUCCCAUGGUCCUGCCCCUCUUCCCCUCUCCUCCCAAUUCCUCCCGGGCAUCCCCCGAUUCCCGCCGCCGGCACCUCCAGGGAUCCGACAAGCCCAAUGCCCGUAUGUCCCUCCACGACGAUCUGCUCCUCAACGGGUACUAUACAACGAGGCUUUGGAUCGGGACGCAGCCACAGAAGUUUUCCCUGAUUGUCGAUACGGGCAGUACAGUCACCUAUGUCCCGUGCUCGACUUGUGAUCAAUGUGGGAAGCACCAGGACCCGAAAUUCCAGCCUGAAGAGUCUAGCACAUACCAGCCCGUUAAAUGCAACAUAGACUGCAACUGCGAUGACAGCAGAGUCCAGUGUGUCUACGAGAGACAAUAUGCUGAGAUGAGCUCUAGCAGUGGAGUUCUGGGCGAAGAUGUAGUUUCAUUUGGGAACUUAAGUGCACUCCCUCCUCAGCGAGUGGUUUUUGGAUGUGAAAAUGUGGAGACAGGAGAUCUCUAUAGUCAACAUGCUGAUGGCAUAAUGGGCCUUGGCCAAGGCGAUCUCAGCAUUGUGGAUCAGCUUGUUGGGAAGGGAGUAAUCAGUGACUCCUUCUCUCUGUGUUACGGUGGAAUGGAGAUUGGGGGAGGGGCAAUGGUUCUUGGGGGAAUCUCUCCUCCAUCCGACAUGGUUUUUUCAUACUCUGAUGCAGGACGAAGUCCCUAUUACAAUAUUGAUCUGAAGGAGAUACAUGUCGGGGGGAAGCCACUGCAUCUGAACCCGAAAAUAUUUGAUGGAAAAUACGGAAGUGUCCUUGACAGUGGGACAACUUAUGCUUACCUGCCUGAAGACGCUUUUUUAGCUUUCAAGGAGGCUGUGAUGCAAGAAGUUCAAUCCUUGAAGCAAAUCCGUGGUCCUGACCCAAAUUAUAAAGAUAUUUGCUUCUCUGGUGCUGGAAGUGACAUUUCUCAAUUGUCAAGCUCCUUCCCGGCAGUAGAUAUGGUAUUUGGCAAUGGGCAAAAGUUCACUCUAUCACCUGAGAAUUACUUAUUCCGGCAUUCGAAGGUUCGUGGAGCUUAUUGCCUCGGGAUUUUUCAAAAUGGAAAAGAUCCAACAACUCUCUUGGGAGGGAUUAUUGUUCGAAACACACUUGUAACAUACGAUCGAGAGCAUUCGAAGAUCGGGUUCUGGAAGACAAAUUGUUCUGAGUUGUGGGCAAGACUUCAUCUAUCUUCUCCAGCAUCCUCAACUUCUAACCGAACCCACAACCAAUCGAUUGAUGUCACACCUAGUCCUGCUCCUACGCCAUCUGAAGAAAUUCAAGUUGGACAAAUCACAUUUGAGAUGUCCUCAAGCAUGAACGUUUCGGACCUCAAAAAUCUCACAAUAGAGCUUGUUCAAAUCGUUGCACAUGAGUUAGACGUCAAUAUCACACAGGUCCAUCUAUUGAGUCUUACCCCUAAGGAAAAUGGUUCGCUCAUCAGGUGGGCCAUACUUCCUGGUGGCCUCGAUAAAUACAUUUCCAAUUCAACUGCAAUAGACAUUAUUUCCCGGCUUUCUGAAGAUCGUGUUCAACUUCCCAAGUCCUUUGGAAGCUACCAGUUUAGUAAGUGGCAUGUUGAACCUCCAGAAACACGGACAUGGUGGCAAAAACAUUAUCUGGCUGUGGUUCUGGCAGUUACUGCUAUAUUCUUGAUCGGAUUAUCAGCUUCAAGUGCAUGGCUCCUAUGGAGAUGGAGCCAGCGAACUGUAAACAGCUACAAGCCCGUCGACGCGAUGAUUCCUGAGCAAGAGCUCCAGCCACUAUGAUAAACCUUCUCCUGGAAUUGCCUGUUCAUAUUUUCCCCGAGCUUUCUUUCCCGUCAUAUACUUGCAGCCCUCUUCUUUUACAGCGUAUAUCGUCAGCGCAAGAAAUUUUUUUUUUCCCGUGAAAAUUGCAUACUUUUCCUUGUACUGUGAUAACUCUGCCUUUAGUUUUCUUGAAAUUACUGAGUUUUGUAAAGAAACUGAUCUGCGGUUAUAGUAUUAGUUUGCAAUUUUAACCCCUUGUGAACAGUGUUGUACCAUAGAAUUGGCUCUCCACAUCUUACAAUGUUUGUAAUUUAAUAUUUCUGCCAUAGAAUUGGCUCUCCA